AUGGCGCAGAGCCCGCGGCAGCCCGACGGCAGCCCCGUCCCGCCGCCGGGAGGCCCCGGGGAAGCGGCGGCGCUGCCCGGGGGCGCCCCCGACGGGGCGGCAGGACCCCCAGCGGCGGAGGGGCCGCGGCUGAGCGCGGAAGCAGCCGCCGGACAGGAGCGGGACGCGGCGGCGGCGGCCCCCGCCGGCGGCCGCCCCGAGGGGGCGGCGGAGCCCCCGGGCGAGGGGCAGCGGGCUGAGGCGGCGGAGCAGCGGGACGGCGGCGGCGGCGCGGCAGGCGCUGCCCGGUCCGGGGGGGAGGCGGCGGGGCGGCAGGGAGACGCACCCGAGGGCUCCGCGCCAGCGGGGACAGCAGCCGAAGAGGCGGCCGGGGCGGCUGAUCCGGCUGGGACCGACCCUGGGGAAGAGGUGAGGGGGGUCGCCCCGACGGGGACCGACCCCCAGGAGGCGACGGGGGAGGUCGCCCUGGCGGGGACCGACCCCGGGGAGGAAACAGUGGCCGCAGUGGGGACCGACCUCGAGGCGGCAGUGAGGGGGGUCACUCCGGCGGGGACAGCCCCCGAGGUGGCGGCGGAGGAGGUUGCCCCAGCGGAAACAGACCUUCAGGAGGAAACAGUGGCUCCAGCGGGGACAGAGCCCGAGGAGGCAGCGAAGGGGGUCACUCCGGUGGGGACCGACCCGCGGGAGGAAACAGUGGCCGCAGUGGGGACCGACCCGGAGGAGGCAACAGAGGAGGUCGGCCCGGUGGGGACCGACCUGGAGGAGGUGGCAGAGGAGGUCGGCCCGGUGGGGACCGACAUGGAGGAGGCGGCAGAGGAGGUCGCCCCGGUGCUGGUGGGGACAGACCCCGGCGAGGAAACAGUGGCCCCUGUGGGGACUGACCCCGAGGUGGCGGCAGGAGCGGUCGCCCUGGCGGGGACCGACUCCAAGGAGGUGGUGGAGGAGGCCACUCCGGCAGGGGCAGACUCUGAGGCAGUGGGGGCAGAGGAACAAGGUGCUCCCCAGAGCCCUGAGGACGUGGGGGCUGCCGUGGCCAGCAGUGGGGUGGGCAGCCCCAACAGCGAGGAUGGAGCCCUGGGCGCAGCGGCAGUGGUGGGGCGGCCUGACGGGUUGCCGGGUGCUGAGGGCCUGAGCCUGAACGGCCUGCGGGGCCCUGCCGAGGAUGAGGAGGAUGAGGCAGGCUCGCCAGCUGCCCAGGAGCAGGAGGAGGAGGAGGAGAAGCAGGAACAUGACAUCUCCCUCUUCGUCAAGGCUGGCAGUGAUGGGGAAAGUAUUGGAAAUUGCCCAUUCUCUCAGCGACUCUUCAUGAUUCUGUGGCUAAAAGGUGUCAUAUUUAAUGUCACAACCGUGGAUCUGAAAAGAAAACCCGCGGACUUGCAGAACCUGGCCCCGGGAACGAACCCUCCCUUCAUGACAUUUGACGGUGAAGUGAAAACCGAUGUCAAUAAGAUUGAGGAGUUCUUGGAAGAAAAGUUAGCGCCGCCCCGGUAUCCCAAACUUGCACCAAACCACCCUGAGUCUAACUCUGCAGGAAAUGAUGUGUUUGCAAAAUUCUCUGCGUUUAUAAAGAACCCAAGAAAAGAUGCUAAUGAAAAUUUGGAAAAAUCUUUGCUUAAAGCCCUGAGGAAGCUGGACAACUACUUAAAUAGCCCCUUGCCAGAUGAAAUUGAUGCUUACAGCACCGAGGAGAUCACUGUUUCCAGCCGGAAGUUCCUGGAUGGAGAUGAGCUUACCUUAGCAGAUUGCAACCUCCUACCAAAGCUCCAUAUAAUUAAGGUUGUUGCAAAAAAAUACAGAAAUUUUGAGUUUCCACCUGAAAUGACAGGGAUUUCGAGAUACUUGAACAAUGCAUAUGCAAGAGAUGAAUUUACAAACACUUGUCCUGCUGAUCAAGAAAUUGAGUAUGCAUAUUUGGAUGUUGCAAAGAGAAUGAAGUAAAUGGAAGAUGCUUCUGUUUUUCUUUACUUCUGAGGUUUAGGCGGGCACCAGCCAAGAUUGGGGGGGGUGGGGGGAAACCCUGUAUACUCUGCAGCGUAAGUUCUUUCACUGGCCAAUCCUUCUUUUACAGUAAUUAUAUAGCAUUAUUUGCUCAUUCUUAAAUUAUACAUGUAUAUUUUUGUGUCUUUGUAUAGAUGUACGCACACACAAAUGUGUGUACUGCAUUCCAACGUAAAGGAUCAAUAUUAAACCAUUUUUUGAAGUUAGGGGAACAGUGUAGGUCACGCAAUUAUAGAAAAAUUAUAGACUGGUGACUUAUGCUAUAUUACUGGAUUCAGGGAAGAAAUAGUCCUGUUUCUCACACAUAUUUGUCAUUAUUGCUGCCUCUGAUCUCUGUUUCAUAUUUGUUGCCAAAUUUCAGUUACCGGAAAGGCUUCUGUUUGCUUCUCCAUAAGUAUCAGAGGGCUGCAAGCCAACUCUUGGCAUGCCCACAGCACCCUCGUUUAUCCAGGAGAAGGGCCAAUUGGUAGAUGGGACCACACCUGCCUUCCCAGAAGCCCUCUCCUCUCUGCUAGAGACCUGUAGAGCAGGUCGCAAAGAACAACUCAUUUGCACAUCACAUGAGUCUUCUUCAGUAUUUAUCCUGCCUUCUCCUUUCUCAAGGCUGCACGAUCCACCGAGCCUCUUCCAGUUCUGGUGAUCCCCGUCAAAGAGGGGAACACAGACUGUGCCUGGCCUGUAGACCAUCUAAUAAUAAAUAUUUGAUGGGGGAGACUUGUUUGUCACUGUAGAGACAAGGAAUGAGAAAACAUCUGUUUCCAGCUACUAAGGUGGGGUCGCUCUUUCCUGUCGUUCCGUGACUCCCAUUUUUGAAAGCCAAGAGGAUGAAAAGAGCUGAGACAGUAAUAGUCCUUUCUCACUCUUUCCUGCUGGUUGAGCUUCAGUGUACUGAAUUUCCCAGGCCAGUUUUUAGGCCUUCAUCACUGAGAGCUUUACAGCUGAUCUGAGAAGUAUCUAACCAGGGACAAGAUAGACAUUGCUCCUGCUGAGCCCCUCCAGCCUUGCAGGAAUCUGUGUUCAAGGCAGUCAGUACUGGUGAGAAGUAUCUUCUAGCUGGCAUCUGGGAGUGCACCACUAGAGAUGUUUGGCCUGAGAGGAGGUACAUCCCCAACUGCUUUCUGCUGAGCAAGCCCUCAACUGGCAAGUAGGAGUAGAAGUGCAAUGCUUUGGUCAUAGGGUCAUCUGGAAAUUUCCUUUGGAUCUAUUUUGCCUGUGUGCACAAAAUAGAUGUGAAAAUGGCUAAAAAAUAGCCCAUUAUGACAUCUGUAUCCAUGAAGAGACUGUUACAGAAUAGUCAUUCAUCUUUGCCCAUGUGAAAUAUAUACCUACUUUCUUACAAAGCAUUACUUACAGUAACAAUAGGUGUCAGGUAUAUUGUAUCUGCAAUGUUUUGAUCCUACACACUACAUACAUACAAACAUCAUCCUAUACACCACAACUGUGAGUUCUGAUGCAAAUGUCCUAUCACAGUUUUUUGUAAACAGCAUUAAAUACAGAGUGUUAAUUUGUCUUCUUUAGAGAACAGACAUAAUAUCUUUCCCCUCCCUCUCUCAGUUUUGAAUUUAUAUAUUGGGGAUGAUAGCUGAGCAGUCGCUUACUAAAUUUUACUAAU